GGAGGACAAUGUAAACAAACAAUUUUCGUAUUGCAAUGACAUCUGUUGGCAUAUUGAAGAACCAAAUCACAAGCAGAAAACAUGUGACGCCUGUGUCCGUCGUUGACGUGUGCUGUUGUGAGUGAACGAACUGAAUUAUACCGCAACAUCACCAACAAACGUUCGAAUGUUGUGAAUACCGGUUCAACAUUGUUGUGUAAUUGAAGAAAGUCAUGCUUCGACGCUAAAUACGUUAUUUUCUCGAAGCUAAAUACGAUCAUUUGCUGCAUAUUGGUAAUAAGACAUUAUGUCUGUGAACGAUAUCUUAGAUACUUUGCGUCGUUUUGAUGCGUACCCCAAAACCCAAGAAGAUAUCCGAAUUAAAACUUUCGGAGGUGCUACUGUUUUGGUUUUGGAUGCAAUGGAUAGUUCUGGAGAACAACAUUUACAAAUUGAACAUAAUAUCUAUAAACGUCGAUUAGAUUUACUGGGCAACCCAAUUGAAGAGCCACAAAAAGAAGAUCUUGGUGCAGUCUCUGAAAUAGUGCAGAAAGAUGUCAACAAAACCCAAGAAUGUGGCAGUUGUUAUGGAGCUGAAACAGAAGAUUUGCCGUAUGUCACUAUUUGUGGUAAUCAAUUAGUGGGUAACUUGAGAGAGUUGCAAUCUUCUUUGUGCUGCAGUACUUGUGAAGAUGUGAAGGAUGCUUAUCGUCGGAAGAAGUGGGCAUUUCCUGAUUUACAGUCCAUUAAACAGUGUCAAUCAGAAAAUUAUUCUGAAAAGUUGAAAUCGGCUUUCACUGAAGCAUGUCAAAUCUAUGGUUACAUGGAAGUGAAUAGGGUUGGUGGAAGCUUCCAUAUAGCUCCUGGUAAGAGCUUUUCCAUUAAUCAUGUACAUGUGCAUGAUGUUCAACCUUUUUCUUCAUCAUCUUUUAAUACUUCACACCGAAUCCGUCAUUUAUCUUUUGGAAAAAAUAUUCCUGGAAAAACGAAUCCAAUUGAUGGGACUGAAGUGAUUGCACACGAAGGUGCUACCAUGUUCCAGUAUUAUGUGAAAAUUGUUCCUACAACAUACCACAGAAAAGACGGAGCUGUUUUUUAUACUAAUCAAUUUUCGGUAACCCGCCAUCAAAAGACUGUUUCUAUUAGCACUGGUGAAUCAGGAAUGCCUGGAAUUUUCUUUAAUUAUGAACUAGCUCCAAUGAUGGUCAAAUAUACAGAAAAGGAAAGAUCCUUUGGACAUUUCGCCACAAAUGUGUGUGCUAUCAUUGGAGGAGUCUUCACAGUUGCUGGGCUCAUUGAUUCUUUAUUUUACCAUUCCUAUAAAGCAAUACAAAAAAAAAUUGAGCUUGGUAAAGUGAAUUAAUGUUGAAGGGUUUAAGAGAUUUGUCAUGUUUUUGGUAACAUUCUUUUGUUCCUUUAAUUCAGAAUUUAUGGCUGAUAUGGGUAUUCAAAAAGAGAUCUAUGGCUACAUUUUAUGAAAUUAAAGAUUUCCAAAUUAAUGUAGUAAAACAUGUAUGAAAAAAUUAAUAGAAGAAAAAUACUGAUUUUUCCUGAAUGAGUUCCUUCAAAAUAUGUAAAGUAUGUUGUCUUUUGAUAUAAAAAUCCCUACAUAAAAUGACUUCUUUUAAUCAAGAAGACUCAAACACCAAACAAAACGCCCAUAUGCGUUUUCAAGCUGAAAUUAUUAGGAAUUGUCGGGGAAACAACAUUUUUCAUUCAUUGCAAUUAAUUUAGUGUUAAUUUUAAUGCAUUUGUAAGCCAGGGAAGAAAAUUCAUGAAAAUAACCUUUUGUUACUCUCACAUAAAAUUUUUACAGAUGUACAUUGGAUUCACUACAAGACACACUUAAGGUAAAUUCAAUUUUUCCUUUUAAAAAUUAAGUUAUAAAUUGAAAAAAUAUUUGUAUAAACUGCUAUUUGCUUUAUUUCUCUUUUGCCAAAACAUUCAGAAACCAAGCCAAUUAAUAUUGUCUUGGCUUCUGGCUAGAAAGUUUUGCCUAAGAUUCAGGUUUGUUUUGCAUCUGACUUUUUUGCUAAAGAUUUUGCUAUAAAUUAAUCUUGUGUCUAAAUGUAAUUGAAGUGAUAUUAGACAAGAUACACUUCAGUGUUGUGGAAGAAUUUAUCAGUUGUUCACAUUCAAUUUGAUGUAGCCAUUACAGAUGUGUGACAUUCCAUAUCAUUUAUCUUUACUUUCGUUCAUCUCAUUUCUUUCCACUUCACAUAUAUUAAUGCUAUUUUUAUUAUAAGACAUCCAGAGAUGGAGUACAGGAACUGAGGGUCAAUGAGAUCAUACCAAAAAGUAAUGCUACUCGAAAAACCAAAGCAGUGCGAGUGACAAUGGGGUUAAAAUCCUAAUGCUAAGGAAAUAAAAAGGAACAAUUUCUUUAUUUACAGUUUUGUGAGAUUGUAAUUUAUUUGAUUGUGCUUAAUGUAUUUUGUGCUUGUACGUUCAUCUAAAAUUGUCAAAGAAGGUAAAUGAAAAAAUGUGUGUGCUAAUAAAACAAUUGUCAAUGAUCAUGCAAUUUUUUUGCAAGAAUGA